AUGCCGUUUAAGAGGACUCAAAUUGCGGCAAAAUCUUCCGAAGAGUUUGGAGAGUAUAUGCAGGAGCUGAUGGACGAAAACAUUAUUGAAGCCCGCAGGGGUGAGCGUAUAGAUGGUAAAGAGCUGAACAAGGGGGCACUAUCACACGAUGACAUCCGUGGAAACACCUUUAUCAUGCUAGCUGCCGGACAGGAGACUUCGGCAGGUGUGCUUCAGUUUAUCUUGUUGGAACUGGCAAACAACCCAGUAUCGCAAAGAAGUCUUCACGGUGCCAUUGACGAGACAUGUGGUGAUGGUGAUCCAUCAUUGUGGGACUAUGAAAACCUGAUCAAUCCCAAGAUGGCCAGCAUGUUGGGCGCUUGUAUUAACCAGACUCUGAGAAUGACGCCUGCGGUUGUCGAAAUUCCUGAAGCAGUGCCUUCGAAAUAGGGUCAGAUCAUCACUAUCGGCGGUAAGAGUCAUUUGUCCCGAGCAAAACAUUCAUAUCGUCAGGUGCCGUAUCAGCGCACCGUAAUCCACGGUGUUGGCCGGGACGACCAAGCCUGAUCAACGACGGCAAGGAUGAUAUUAACGACUGGGUCCCAGAGCGGUGGUAUCGAAAUGGCCAGGAAUCAACAGCAAGAUCAACAGAGUCAGGGUGCCAGCCCCGGGAUGAGGAAUUUGGGAGUGCUUCUACAAGCACACUGCUCUUUCGGCUGGAGGGAGACUCGUUCAUUCCUUUUAGCGAUGGGCCAAGAUCAUGCCUCGGCCGACGGAUUUCUCAGGGAGAAAUUAUUGCUACGCUUGCGGUCUUGUUCAAGGACCACAGCCUGGAGUUGGCUAUAGAUGAUUGGGCGAGUGAUGAGCAAAUGGAUCGAGAGGCACGGCGCGAAGUCUACGCCAAAGCUCAAUCGAGCAGCAGAAAGAAGAUACGGGGUGCAACUUCAGUGCUAACACUCAAAAUCAGAGAUGGACAUGUGCCGGUCAGGCUGGUUAAGAGAGGACGAGAAAAGUUUGUGAGCUGGAUUUAGAAUAACGAUGACCAAUGGAAGUGUUCCUACGGUGUUUGCAUAAUACAUGCUAAACUCAUGAUUGGAGCAGUGGUGCCAAGUUGUGUUGAUUGGACUACACCACUUCGUUCAAGGUACAG